CCCGUCGUCCCGCCCCUGCGAGGCUGGGCGGCGGAGUUUGGGGCCGAGCGGAGCGGGUUACCCUUUGACAUGGAACAAGAUGAGUUCUUUGGGGAAAGAGCAUUCCAGCAUUGCUGUGCAGAGUUCAUCAAGCAUUCACAGCAGAUAGGCGACGGAUGGGAAUGGAGAACUUCGAAGGACUGUUCUGAUGGCUACAUGUGCAAAACGCAUUUGCAAAUUAAAAAUGGGACUAUGGCAGCACACUCAAAACCAUCUGCCCACGAACAGACGUGUCUUCCCAUGGAGGAGGCCGCGGAGCUGCCCUCGGACGCCGCCGAGGCCCCUGCGGUGGCAGCGGCGUGGCAGGUGCUACGGUACGAGUACCACGUCCUGUACUCCCGCAGCUUCCGGGUGCCCGUGCUCUACUUCAGGGCGAGCUUUUUAGACGGGAGACCUCUGACCCUGGAGGACAUCUGGGAAGGAGUGCACCAGUGCUACCGGGCCCGGCUGCUGCAAGCGCCGUGGGACGCCAUCACUCAGCAGGAACAUCCGAUACUUGGACAACCCUUUUUUGUACUUCAUCCUUGCAAGACGGAUGAAUUCAUGACGCCCGUGUUAAAGAAGCCUCAGAAAAUCAAUAGGAACAUCAACUACAUCACCACGUGGCUGAGCGUCGUGGGUCCGGUGGUGGGGCUGACCCUCCCUCUGAGUUACGCCAAGGCCGCCUCUCAGGACGCGUGAGGGUGGGUAGGCAGAAUCUUCUGCUGAGCUUAGAAAUCACGCCUGUGGAAUGCCCACUGUUGGCCCACAGCUGAAGUGGUGCUGUGCAGGGUGCCCCCUCCCCUUGGGUUCUUUUUCCCUUGGAAGUGAAUGUCUGCAGCAGCGGAUGACUUACACACUGGCUGUUCAGAAGAAUCGUGGCAAAGAUGCAGAUCGCUGCAAAGAGCCAGAGAAUGCAUCUAACUGCAUCUUCCUUGGAGCAUGGGCCUCCGCAGCACAGCCACACUCUCUCCUGAGCCUUUUUCUAACAUGGAGAUUGAUGGAGAACUGUAUUGGCGUUUGUAUUUUAGCGAACAAUGUGUGAAAUUAAAAUACAGGAUUUAUAUGA